AUGUGCCUAAGCCUCCUCAGCAACACUUUAUUCAUCUCACCCCCGGAGGACAUGUCCGAGAAGACGUCGUCGUCCGCCAAUCGCCAUCGUCGCUGUCCUCCCGUCCCGCAGCACACGAUGGCGUCUUCGGCGUCUCCAUCGGCGUCGGAGCUGUCUGAGGGAUCUCCGCCGGGCUCUUCACGACCGUCCACCGCCUCCGACGCUUCUGGCGACGACGACGACUUCGACCUGCCCGUCCGUCUUCAAGAUGCCUCACUCCACAAUGUCUCUUUCGAUUGUUUUUAUAAUUUGAAAAAAAUAUAUGACUUUUUUCUUCUUGUUUGCUUUUCCAUAUGUUUGCUGUUGCAGAACACGGCCUGUUUGGACGACUUCGAUCGAAUCAAAACUCUCGGGACGGGAUCAUUCGGCCGCGUGAUGCUCGUCAAGCACAAGCAGUCCGGCAACUACUACGCGAUGAAGAUUCUAGACAAACAGAAGGUCCGUUGCCAUCUUCAGUCUGACGUCUUCUCGGCCUUCAGGUGGUGAAGCUGAAGCAGGUCGAGCACACUCUCAACGAGAAGCGCAUCCUUCAGGCCAUCGACUUCCCUUUCCUCGUCAACAUGCAGUACUCCUUCAAGGUUUCUUCAUUGUGAUCUUUAUUUUUCAAUUGUCGCAAUAUUUUGAAAUCUCAGAACACCUUGAACAUGUACGGAAAACUAUAGCCAUUUUUUUGAUCUACACAAAAAUCAACUCUCAAUCAUCUACUAGUUCAUAGACAUUCGCAGAAGCUUCCAUUUUUGAAAUCUGAUUUUUUUUUUCUUAACAUCAAUUUCAGGACAACUCCAACCUGUACAUGGUGCUCGAGUUCAUCUCCGGCGGAGAAAUGUUCUCGCACUUGCGUCGAAUCGGCAGAUUCUCGGAGCCGCACUCGAGGUUCUACGCAGCGCAGAUCGUGCUCGCCUUCGAGUACCUACACUCGCUGGACCUCAUCUACCGGGAUCUGAAGCCGGAAAAUCUUCUGAUAGACAGUACCGGAUACCUUAAGGUGAGAGGCUCCGCGCAGGCGGCCGUGCCCACCCCCGUUUCCAUGGAAUUCGAUCGACUCCCCCGGCCGGCUCUCUGGAUGCAGCCGCCGUCGAUCCCUUAUAGGGUCUGAUACGCGACUCCCCGCCUCAGCUGACCUGAAAAACUCCAAAAAUCUGGAGGAAAAAGAGCUAAAUCAGAGGGAAAAUACUCAUUGAAAAAAGGGUUUUCGCGAUAGUUUUGGAAUUUUCUCUCAUAUUGCUUUGAACCAGAAGUCGAAAUCCUACUUUCGUUAACUUUUGAAUUCUGAAAAUCAAGCGGUAAAAGCAAAAUUCUUAUUGGAAACUCAGUUUUUGCCAUUUUGGCUCAAUUAUCCAGUCCUUGAAUCAUAUGCUAAAACGACCUUUCUUAUCAAAAAUUAGAUUGAAUUAUCCUAGGAAAAGUCGGGAAGGGUUGAAAAAGGUUUUUAUAGAAAUUUUCCUUUAAAGGCGUCCUUUUUGCUGCUUUUUUGCGCCGUUUUAUCGGCUUUGAUGCACCAUUUCUUGAGCCUUUAAAAGUCUAGAAUAAUGAAAGGCUUGGAAAAGUGGCCCUUUUUGCUGCCUUUUUUGAGCCUCUUCCUUCUAGCGGCCAUUAUCCACCAUUCCGACUUUGCCCGAGUAUGAUGUGGUGAAUUUUUCGCAAAUUGUACUUUCCUUAGAAAAUUUUUUUUUAGUACUUUUAAUUCAUAUUUUUUACUAUUUUUAUCUUUUUCUCGUACCAUGUUCAAUAAUAGUGAUAAAAUUCAAAAGAAAGUUCAAAUAUUCAUCAUACACGGGCUUGACACGCCUUUUUUGAAACUUCAAGACUUCCGUUCUAAGAAACUGGUUUUUUUUUUCCUCUCUGAAGAACUUGCAAAACAUAUUUUGGGGUCUCUAACAGAAGUAUUUUCCCAGAGAACGACAAAGAAAAAAUUGAAUAUGAAAAAUUUUCAGAUAACUGACUUCGGUUUUGCCAAGCGGGUAAAAGGAAGGACAUGGACGCUGUGCGGGACUCCCGAAUACCUAGCGCCUGAAAUCAUCUUAUCUAAGGUAUUUUUCCUGUUUUGAUAUUCAACCUAUCGUUUUUCCCCGUUAAUUAUAUCCCCAUAAUCGGGUCAUCCUCAAUUAUUUUGAUUGGCUGAAAGUUUAAGAGAUUUUUUUUCUUGCAUUACAAUUAUUUAAAUCAGAAAAGAAUAUGCGAUUUUUCAUUCAUUUUCAGAAAAUCGGAAGCUCAGUCAAAAUUUACUUUCAUUCUGAGAGUUAGCCACUUAGGGAUUCCAUGAUGGUCCCUAUAGAGGUUAGGGGAAAAAACAGCCCCCAUAGAAACCGAAAAAGUGGUCCCUAUAGGGGUAAAAUUUAGGUGGUUCCUAUAGGGGUUGGGUCUGACCUCUUAGCCGCCUAACCUUAAGUGCUCCCUACAGGGGUCUUUCAAUUUUAUUCAAAAAAUCUUAUUGAUUUAGUUUUUCGCAUGGAAAGCAUAUAGUUCAAAAAAGUAAUGACUAGCAUGUCUUCUAUAGGGAUCACUUUUGCAAGCUUUAGUGACCCCUUUAGGGGUUGGUAAAGUGCUCCCUCCAUAGGCUCCUAAGGUUGCCCCCAUAGGGACCACUCUGGAGCUCCAAAGUAUGUUUUUUUUUUUUUCAAAAUUUUGCCCCUUUUUGAAGGAUUUUGUCUUUAAUUUUUUGCAAACUGUAAAUCGAGGAGUGAUUGAUCGAAAAUGGGUUAUUUAUCACCUUUUUUUAAUGGAAAUUUUUAAAAGAUGAAAAAGCGAGUCGUUAUCGGCCGCGCACAUUAUAUUUUGACUAUUUAUCCUUAUUCCUAUAAGCAAUUUCUCAAUAUUCGAUACGAAAAACUUCAAUAUGCAUUAUUUCAAGUGUCCUAGUUGCCUAAUCAUUUUUAACAAUGAGAAAAUUUUCAGAAUAAUAUCUUUUUUUCAGGGUUACAACAAAGCGGUAGAUUGGUGGGCAUUAGGCGUUUUGAUCUAUGAAAUGGCCGCCGGAUAUCCGCCUUUUUUCGCUGACCAACCCAUACAGAUCUACGAGAAGAUCGUCAGUGGAAAGGUUCGAUUUUUCUCCUUUUCUCAUUUUUAUCGAUAUGGGUCUUGAUGUACUGGGCGUUUGAGCCAUCUAUUUGCGCAAUAUUUAAAUUCCAAAAAUAUCAGUUUUUAAAUUUCUUAUCAUCCUCCAACGUCAUAUGUAGUCAAUGAGAAACUUUGAGGCUUCAUAAGUCGGAAAUGGGAUUUUUUUUGGAGGUAUUAGCUUUUUAAAACUUCUAGUUUCCGGUCAAUGGACUCUAUUCGAUGAAUUUCAUAGAACACCUCCUAAACGAAAAAUUAAAAUAAAGGUACUGAGGAAAGUAAACGGUGAACUGAAAACGGCAUCAACUUCAGAAACUGAAAUUGAGAAACAGUUUGAAAUGAUCUAACAAAAAUAAGAGAACUCCGAAAAAAAAGUGAACUUUUCGGUGGUAUUUUUGGUGUACCCCGUGUUGGACCUGUAUGGCGGGAACCUUGGGGGCAACCAGUCGAAAAAAAAAAUGCUUCUUUGAGCUACCGUAACAACUUGGGAAGGAACUGUAGAAAAUGGGGAUAUUGGGAAACGAACCACUUCAAAAUCCUGUACGAAAUAAGUACCUUAAUAGGCAUUUGAAGCUAAACGGAGUGCACCCCUGGUUACCCUGCGGGGUGCACCGAGGGUUCGAAACGGGGUGCACCGCAAUUUUCGUUAGAGACAUUCAAUAUCAGAACCUCAAGAAGAGAAAUCUUUCAGGUCAAAUUCCCGUCGCAUUUCUCGAACGAGCUGAAAGAUCUGCUGAAGAACCUGCUACAAGUUGACCUGACGAAGCGGUUCGGAAACCUGAAGAACGGCGUCGCCGACAUCAAAAACCACAAAUGGUUCGGCAGCACCGAUUGGAUCGCCAUCUACCAACGGAAGGUCUGUCCGUUCCCAUGGAAUGCCUAACCGUUUGCAAGCUUCCACGUUUCUUAUUUUGGACCUGUGCAUGGAGGUUUUCGUUCUUAUGAUUUUCUUUCGAUGCAAAAAAGACUGGUUUACUUUUUUUCGAAACAAAAACGCUUUCAAGAAGUCAUUCAAGAAUUGCACUAGGGAUGCUAGUUGUGCUGGUAAACGUCUCUUUUCAGUUCUCCUCGAUCUUUGAUUUCUUCCAAAGUUUUAGUAAAGAAUCGUGCGUAAUCGGUCUUGGGAAGUUCAGAGUGGUUCAUAUAGGGGCAACUUUAGAGGUCCUUGGAGGGAAAACUUUACCAAACCCUAGAGGGUCCACUAAAGCUUGCAGAAGUGGUCCCUAUAGGGGACAUGAUAAACGAUAAAUUUUAUGAACUCUAGCCGAACAAGCAUGUCCAUGCGAAAAAAUAAAAAAUAAAUCUCCUUUGAAAAAAAAUUUAACGAUUCCUAUAGGGACCUUAAGCUUUAGGGGCUCAGGGGCCCAGCUUGAUUUUACCAUUUUUCGGCUCCUAUAGGUGCUCUUUUUGCCCCUAACCCCAAUAGGGACUUCUUGAUUUUACCCCUAAAGGCACCACUUUUUUGGCCCCUAACCCCAGUAGGAACCACUCUGAAACUCCUAAGUAUAUAUUUUGCAUGAAAUCGAGGUUUUUUAAUAGAAUAUUGUCAAGAUAUCCGGAGAUCGAGUGGAUUGAAAAGGGAAUUCGUAGUGCAUGUGAGUGUGCAGGUGACGCCGCCGUCCUUCUCCAAGGGCGAGUCUUCCGGACGACUUUUCGAGGCCCUCUACCCGAGGGUCGACGGCCCCGCAGACACGCGUCACUUCGUCGAGGAAGUGACCGAGCAGCCAGACUUCGUCAUCUCCGACGUCAACCAACACGGCGACCUUUUCGCUGACUUCUAGCCUCGGUUUCUUCUUUCUCUUUCGCUUCCACCCCCUUUAGUGGAAUCCCAAGCAUGUUUUUAGUUUUUUUUUCGGUUUUUUCAGCUGUUUGUUAUAGUGAUCGUGUAAAGAGUUUGCUGUAGUGGAACGCAUCUUUUUGGCUUUUGAAUGCCACUUUUUUAUUUAUAAUCGAUUGAUUUUAAAGAGUAUAAAAGAAAGUAUAUAAAAGAAAGUCUAUUUGUCAAAAAUUUCUUUUUUUUUUUAAUUUUUUGAACCGAUUUUCAAACAUAGGCAAAGUCGGAAAAAUGGAAACGGAAUGAAUAGAAAUGUUCUUUUUAGGAUGAAAAAGGCUCAUUUUUUGCGCCAUUUUAUCGGCUUUUAUGCACCAUUUUUGCAGCUUCUCUUUUCUUUCACUAUUUCUCGCGCCUUUAAAAUUGUAAAAAUAAAAAAGAUCCUUUUUGCUGCCUUUCUGCGGUCAUUUUUGAGCCUUUUGGCUGCCAUUAUCCACCAUUCCUAAUAAUUAAAUUUUUACCGAAACUUUUUCUUCUAAAGAACCUCGGUAUUUUUUCUCAAAUAAGAUGUAAAGUUAUAACAAAAGCCGAUACGAUUAAUUUCCCUAUUGAGAAAAGACUCACCCUAAUCGAAACAAUCCAACAAGAGUUGCAUGUGAAAGCCUCAGAGAAGCAAAAUUAGAAACGAAUCUGGCGAUUUCAGGUCGAAGCGCCGUUUCUACCAAAAUGCCGAGGUCCCGGCGACGCCUCCAACUUCGACGACUACGAAGAAGAGCCGCUUCGCAUAUCGGGCACGGAGAAGUGUGCCAAAGAGUUUGCCGAGUUCUAG